GACACUGAAAUCAUUCAAGAUUGCCGAAUCAAACCUGUAUUAUUUUCGUGUUAAAUAAAAUUUUCAAUGUGUGUGCGAAUUUCGGCGAGGGAAUUCCUUCGUAAAACUUGGUACUUUGAAUUUACAUCUUGUGAAUCGAAUGGAUGUAGAGUUUCUGAUUUCAUUCCAAGUAGACAUUAGUAUACACACACACAGUCACGUGUGCGCGCGCACGCGCGUGUGUGUAUACGUUUCCUAAUUUCUUCAGAAGUAAUUCUCUAAUCUCUCGAGAGAUAAAAUUUCUCGAUAAACGCGAACAUUAGUCGUGGCUUUCCAGUGCGAGGCGACCAAUUCCUCGCUUAAUAUUAAUGUUUGUUGCAGGAUCGUCCGAGACAUCGACUCGAAACGCAUCGAAGAUGAAUAAGGUAGAUUAUAUGGAGGUGACCCUCCCAAAUUAUUCCUAUAUCUUCAACUUCGAGGAGACGUUCAGCCAUUAUGAGACCAAGGUGUGGAUGGUGAACAAUUGGAAGAAUUGCUUCUAUUAUUGCGGACUGUACAUGAUCCUGAUAUUCGGCGGGCAACAUUAUAUGGCCAGCAGGCCCAGAUUCGAAUUGAGGGGAAUACUCUGUCUUUGGAAUACGCUAUUGGCUGCCUUUUCUAUUAUCGGCUUCACCAGGACUGCGCCCGAGCUGAUCCACGUCCUCAGACAUCAUGGUCUACACCACAGCAUUUGUAGUACAAGCUUCAUUGAGCAGAACUGCGUGUCGGGCUUCUGGACGUGGUUGUUCGUACUGUCGAAGCUACCCGAGCUCGGCGACACGAUCUUCAUCGUGCUGCGCAAACAGCCGCUGAUCUUCCUGCAUUGGUACCACCACAUCACCGUGCUGCUGUAUUCAUGGUUUUCGUAUUCGGAAUACACCGCGUCCGCGCGAUGGUACGUCGUGAUGAACUACUGCGUCCACUCCAUCAUGUACACCUACUAUGCUCUCAAAGCGAUGCGGUACAAACCGCCCAGGGCGAUCUCCAUGGUGAUCACCACGUUGCAGCUCACCCAGAUGGUGAUCGGUUGCGCCAUCAACAUAUCCGCCUAUCAAUACCUGGAAAGCGGCCAUGUGGACUGUCACAUCACCCGCAUGAACAUCCACUUCAGUUUCGCGAUGUACUUCAGCUAUUUCGUCUUGUUCGCGCAAUUCUUCCACAAGACGUACCUAACCGACAAGAAAGCCGAGAAGAAACACUUCGCCAACGACGCACCCAGUCACAUCGACUACAACGAUAAGCUCAAAGCCAACUAAAGGCGGUAUCUGGCACACCGGGGCGCCUGGGCGCUCUUUCCUAUCUCUCUUUCCCUUCUGCCUCUUUCCCUCUACUCCCUUUCUUCUUUCCCCUUUUUCUGUUUCUUUCUCACGCCGCUGGUCGACGUAGCCAUGCAUUCAGGAUCUAUUUGUUCAAAGAGAUGCUAGGGUUUAACGGCUUCUAAGAUCUGUGCGCAUUUCUUCUGAAAAAAAGAAAAAGAAAAAAGAUCUGAACUCUUUGGAUCUUGUGAGCCGGAAUUGUUUGUUUUCGUCGGGGGGCGCCGAGAUCUUAACGAAAACGUACACGAAAAGCCUAAAGCCUUAUAGAACAAUUUGUAAAUCCUUAAGGUCUAUAGAUAAAUCUUACAACCUAAGACUUAGAUUAAUUCUAGAGUUCGUACAUCGUAGGACUCCGUAUAUAUAUCUAUGUUUAAUCUUCUAUCUCAACAGUCAUAGAAGCUACAAAUUUGCAGAUCCUCGGAGAUUUCAAGUCGAUAGAUCCUAGAAAUCGUGUUUUUCUGAAAAACAAGGAGAAACAAAUUUUUGUAAUUUAUUGAUUACUUAUCACACUUAAUUUAUUACUUUGUUAACCUUAAGCAUUUAAAUUGAUAACAGAAGCCGUAUUACCCUAGAAGUUAGAUCCUGGGUGUGGUAUCUCUCAGGAUCCUUAUGUCCUAAGAUUCUUAAGGUGGGACUCGGUGGAGCACAGAAUCUACAAAUCCUCGAGAGUCCGUAAAUCCUAAGAUACGUAUUUCAUACGUCUUACUUAUAGGAUUCGCAAAGAGACAAAUGAAUUCCUAAAUAUUCGAUUUUAUAGGACUUAGAUAUUAUUGUUCACCGGAUCUCUAGAUCCUACGGUCCGUCGAUCCUAGAGUCUAGGUUUUCCGGAUCCUUAGGUCGUAGGGUACUAGAUUCUAAUCGGGGAUCCAAUUAGUAUAUCCAAGGUGGACGUUAAUUAAGUAUCCACUCUGCGCGUGGAGGAUAUCCUAAACGGAAGGUUCUCUUGGGGGAAAGCAGUGAUUCUCCUUGUCAUUUUUUUAUAUGUGGUGACAUGUUACAAGUAAAGAGCUGCUUUCGCAUGUAAUACAUAUAAGCAUACAUGUGGAGGCGCGUGCGUGCGUUUCUCACAUAUGACCGGCUGUUGCACAAUUGUUAUUAUGAUUUUGUUACUAUAUGUAUCUUUUGCAAUUAAAAUAUUGAACAUUAUUUAAUAACUA